AUGCCGCCGAAGAUCGUGCCAUCGACCUCCAAGGCUACCCUUAAACAACUUCAAACCAAACUGAAGAGUCUGCAGAGCUCGUUCAACAUCAUCGAAAAGUUCAAGAAUGAGUUUAAGGAGGACACCACUGCCAACGAGAUCACUGUCCGGCUUGAGCGGUUCGAUGAAUUGUGGGAGCGAAUUGAACUACCUGAGGUGGAGAAAUUCCACUAUCUCAAGGGAUGUUUGGAGGGAGAAGCGCGAUCACUAAUCGAGCCAAUCAAGAUCACCACACGAAACUACCAAGUUGCUUGGGACUUGUUGCUGAAGCGGUACAACAACAGCAAGCUGCUGAAGAGGAGACAGGUUCAAGCCCUUUUCAAGCUACCUGUUCUCACCAAGGAAUCGAUUACGGAAUUGCACAGGACGCUCGACAGCUUUCAGAGGACGGUGCAAUCUCUGGAUCAGAUUGUCCAACCUGCGGACUAUCGGAAUUUGCUGCUGGUCGAGAUUCUUAGCUCUCGUUUGGAUCCCUACACCAGAAGGGGUUGGGAGGAGUACACGUCAAUGCAGGAGAAUGACACGCUGGUCAAUUUGACGGAUUUUAUCCAGCGUCGCAUUUCGGUUCUGGAAUCACUUCCACCGAAAUUAUCCACUGGAACUUCAGAGAGCAAACAAGAAUCAUCCCAAGGAUUUAAGAAGAAGCCGUUUCCUGUACACGUGAGCAACAACGCGGUACAGUCGACAACACAAAAGUGUCAGGCGUGUUCGGAGUCGCAUUAUCUUCACACGUGUCCGACCUUUACGAAAAUGCCGAUAAGCAACAGAGAGUCGCUGAUUCGAAGCCACUCGCUCUGUCGGAACUGCUUACGAAGCGGACAUCUCGCCAAGAAAUGUCAAUCCAAGUAUUCCUGCUGGAAAUGUAAGGGACGUCAUCAUACGAUGCUGUGCUUCCAAGCGGAGGGAGCUGCCACGCAGAAUCAGACGGGAAAACGGGUCUCGUCUGAUGGGAGCGGUCCGUCGACCUCUAAGCCUAAUGAAACUUCUGCAAACUCGGCGACUACGGACUCGACGUCAUCCAACGCGGCUACCGGUCAGUCGUCUAGCAUCCUCCUCGCGACUGCGGUUGUACUUGUCGAGGACAACGAGGGCAACAUCGUCACCGCACGCGCGCUGCUGGAUUCUGGUUCUGAAUGCAAUUUCAUUGCGGAACGACUUUAUCAACGGUUGAACGUGUCUAUGCAAAAGGUUGACGUUUCGGUCGUUGGCAUUGGACAAGCGGCCAUGAAGUCCAAGCGGAGAAUACAAGCUGUCGUAAAGUCUCGGACAUCUCCCUACAAUCAGGAGAUGAGUUUUCUGGUAUUACCGAAGGUUACUGUGAACCUACCCACGGUUUCCAUCAACACUACGAACUGGAAAAUUCCGGACAAUGUUGAACUCGCUGAUCCGACGUUCUUCCAUUCACGGGUUGUGGAUCUGGUACUCGGCAUUCAACAUUUCUUCAACUUCUUCCAAACGGGAAAGGCGAUUCCGUUGGGCAACGAAUUGCCACGACUCACCGACUCGGUAUUCGGUUGGGUUGUUUCUGGAGAAGUGUCGUCACCAUGUAGCUUGACGCAAAUCACUUGCAACAUGGCGAUAUCGGACAGCAUGGAGGAGCUGAUGUCCAGAUUUUGGUCCUGCGAGGAAGUAGGAACUGGUAAUAUCUACUCCCCAGAGGAAACGCGCUGUGAGGACCAGUAUGCACGCUCGGUUAGCCGCGCAGCGAACGGACGGUAUACUGUAGGACUUCCUAAAAACGAACAAACCUGGGCUCAAUUGGGAGAGUCCAGAACGAUGGCUACCAGGCGUCUUCUAGGCCUGGAACGAAGACUUGCUCAGGACGCAGCACUUCGUAAGCAAUACCAAGACUUCAUGACGGAGUAUCUGGAGCUUGGUCACAUGAAGAAGGUGGAGGCGGGGCCAGCGAACGACUCCCCGCGGUGCUUCCUACCGCACCAUCCAGUAGUAAGAGAAGAAAGUACUACCACGAAGGUGAGAGUAGUCUUCGACGCGUCGGCCAAGACGUCGACCGGGCUCUCUCUCAACGAUGUUCUACUUGUUGGACCGACCAUUCAACCAGAUCUUCGAGAUAUUGUGCUACGGAGUAGAAUGCGGCAGGUGAUGGUUGUAUCGGAUGUGGAAAAGAUGUUCCGCCAGAUAGACAUGGCGCCGGAGGAUUCACCUUACCAGAGCAUUUUGUACCGCUUCAACCCUGAGGAGGAAAUCGCGACGUACGAGCUUACGACGGUGACGUACGGUACAAAACCGGCACCGUUUCUCGCCACUCGUACACUAAAGCAGCUAGCUCAGGACGAGCAGCAACGGUUUCCACUAGCAGCUCAAGCAUUGGAAACGGACGUCUACAUGGACGAUGUCAUUUCUGGAGCAGAUGACGUCGCAACCGCUACCGAAUUGAGGGCACAACUGGACAGUUUGCUGGGUUCGGGAGGUUUCAAGCUACGGAAGUGGGCGUCCAACGAGCCAUCGGUACUACGUGGGGUAGCACGGGAGAAUCUAGCACUUCCUGACGAGAUCGAUUGGGAUCAAGAGGCGUCGGUCAACACCUUGGGUCUUAAAUGGCUGCCCAAAACUGAUUGCUUCAGGUUCAAGUUCAAAAAUCCAGCGGUGACGCCGGGACAACCUCUAACUAAGCAGCUGAUUUUGUCCAUCAUCGCAACCUUUUUUGAUCCAUUGGGACUCCUGGGCGCAUCUCUGGUUCUGCUGAAGAUGUUCAUGCAAAAACUGUGGACGUUGCAGCGAGUGGAUGGCACUCGGUACGAUUGGAAGGAUCCAUUGCCUCCUACGAUGUACGGUAAUCAAGGAGCAGUCGACAUCCAAAUUCACUGCUACACGGAUGCCUCGGAGAAGGCGUACGGGGCAUGUGUCUAUAUUCGGUCCAAGAAUGUAGAGCGGAAGCUAGCAAGGCGGCUACUAACAUCCAAAUCAAAAGUCGCACCUCUCAAACAACAACCUCUACCUCGCCUGGAGCUCAAUGGAUCGGAUCUAGGUGCAGAUUUGGUAGAGUGGGUCAUUCGAGUCUUUGGCAAACGGUUUCCAGUUUUUUUCUGGACGGACUCGACAUGCGUUCUUCUUUGGCUCAAGAAACCUCCAAGCUACUGGCACACCUACGUCGGAAACAGAGUUGCUAGAAUUCAACGGAUUACGGAGGAACUUGGUGCUGUUUGGAACCACAUACCAGGUGUCAGCAACCCAGCUGAUCUCAUCUCACGUGGUGUUCCACCGGAAGAACUAGAAGGUAAUGAGAUGUGGGAGGAAGGUCCUGAUUGGGACGAUGAGGAGCCAAGCAGUUGGCCAGCGCAGCCUGAUCUGUCAGGAGAGGAAGCACCAGAAAGGCGACGUGUCGUGGCGGCAUGCGUUGCAACAGUCGAGUUCAUCGACAUUCUGCUCUCAAGAUUCUCCUCUUUCAUCUCACUUAUUCGAGCUGUGGCCCUGGCGCGACGGUUCACCCGUCGUUUCAACAAGGGAGCGAAGCAAACGUAUGGAUACGUCACACUGAAGGAGCUGAGGGAAGCGGAAGAAGUCAUAGUCCGAUUAGUUCAAAGAACCACAUUUGCUGAGGAAAUCGAAGAUCUGUUAGCUGAGAAAUCAGUCUCUGCUCACUCACGUUUACGCUGGUUCAACCCACACAUCGACGAAGCUGGUGUGCUUCGAGUUGGAGGACGUUUGCAGCACUCGAAGGAACCGCCGGGGAGGAAACACCCUAUGGUUCUCCCGGCAAAGCACAGGUUUACAGAACUUCUUUUCAAAUACUACCACGUGCUACUGCUGCACGGUGGGCCCCAACUCGUGCUCACAUCGGUUCGAGCAAAGUAUUGGCCAUUAGGUGGCAAGGACCUUGUGCGACUGGUCAUUCAUAAAUGCAAGAAAUGUUACCUAGCAAAACCAACUUCUAUUCAGCAGCAGAUGGGAAAUCUGCCCAAGGCGAGGGUGACAAUGUCACGACCUUUUUCUCAAACCGGAGUGGACUAUUUUGGUCCGGUGUACGUGAAGGCUGGUCGAGGGCGUAAACCAACGAAGGCGUACGUGGCACUCUUUGUGUGCAUGGCUACAAAGGCAGUGCACAUGGAACUUGUCACCGAUCUGUCUACGGAAUGCUUUCUACAAGCACUUCGUAGAUUCAUUUCUCGGCGAAACCGUCCAACUGAUAUCUACAGUGACAACGGUACAAAUUUCGUCGGGGCGAAGAAUGUACUGGAGCAACUAUUGAAGCAGCUGAAGGAUGUCACACAUCACGAGAAGAUCGCAAGGGUUUGCGAAUUCGAAGGCAUCCGUUGGCACUUUAACCCACCCAGUGCACCACAUUUUGGAGGCCUGUGGGAGGCAGCAGUGCGGUCGGCCAAGCAUCACCUCCUGCGAGUUCUCGGCGAGAAUUCAGCAUCGUUUGAGGACUACAACACACUACUGACGCAGGUCGAAGCCUGCAUGAAUUCAAGGCCGCUAACUGCACUCUCCAACGAUCCCACAGACCUCGAACCACUUACACCUGGUCAUUUUCUGACCGGGGCAUCGCUGCAAGCCUUGCCGGAACCUGAUUACAGUCACAUCCCUGGGAAUCGACUGAACAGGUGGCAGAUGGUACAGCAGCAAACGCAGAACUUCUGGAAACGCUGGCGAUCGGAGUACCUUACGCAACUACAGAGCAGAACGAAGAACUGGCAGCAUCCUAAGAAAGUGGAGGUGGGCAAGCUGGUCGUCAUCGUUGACAACAACCAACCCCCAAUGCGGUGGAAAAUGGGUCGUAUCCAUGAGCUGCAUCCUGGUGAAGAUGGUGUUGUGCGCGUCGUGACGGUCAAAACAGCAACAAAUCUCCUUCAACGUCCAGUUGCCAAACUUUGCAUCCUGCCAUCCCAAGAAGAAGACGAAGAAGAAUCUUCAGCUCAGCCAGAAGCAACAGCGGUUGAGGAGUAG